AUGCGACGUCAAGGGCAGGCCGCCCUGGCUGGCCAAGACUCCCAUGAGAACAAUCCCCGCCCUCGGCACUUUCGCGGCUGCCUCGGUACCGGGCAACAGGUCCAGAAGGAUGGAGCCUCUCAAAAUAAAAGCCAACUUUGCUAUUUGACAAGAAGGGACAGAGCAGGGUACUCUCCGCCCAGCGGCUGUGGAGGCCCCUUUGAUCCCAGCCCCAAGCCCCUUCACCAAGGGCCGCUGCAAGAUGAAUUCCCCUUCACUGUCUCCGUUCUGCCCGCAACCCGACUCUAUCCCUUCAAUUGCCUGUCCGUGGCCGCUGCCUGUGCCCGCAUCCCGCCCCUUGCACCUUGCAGCCCCCUGGAAGCUGUGGCGGGCACGCGGAGGCGGCGGGCAACCCCGACAUGGAAGAGCCAAUGCACCGAGCCGGCAUGGGCCGCAGGCGUGGCGCAGGGGUGCUGCCGCUGGGCCAUCCCGGGCGUGCUGCUGGCACUGACAGCCGGGCUCCUGACCAGGGGCUUGGCCAGCGAGUACGACUACGUGAGCUUCCAGUCAGACUUCAGCUCGUACCUGAGUGGCCGCUUCUACGCCAAGCCACCGCAGUGCGUGGACAUCCCAGCAGACCUGCGGCUGUGCCACAACGUGGGCUACGAGAGGAUGCUGCUGCCCAACGUCCUGAAGCACGAGACCAUGGCCGAGGUGAAGCAGCAGGCCAGCAGCUGGGUGCCCCUGCUUAACAAGAAUUGCCACGUGGGCACGCAGGUCUUCCUCUGCUCACUCUUCACGCCCGUCUGCCUCAACCUGCCCAUCUACCCAUGCUGCUGGCUCUGCGAGGCCGUGCGCAACUCUUGCGAGCCCGUCAUGCAGUUUCUCAGCUUCUGCUGGCCCGAGAUGCUCAAGUGCGACAAGUUCCCCGAGGAGGACGUCUGCAUUGCCAUGACCCCACCCGAUGCCACUGAAGCCUGA